CUCAUGCGCGAAGACUUGACUAACGGGUCGUUAAUCCUUGUCCCAAUCAUCGCACGCCUAAGAGUCCACUGGCCACAUCUUAUAAGAGUAUACAUGUUGAGGAACCACACCAUAUCCGAGCCUCAAGCUCACACACUAACACUAACACUCACAGAAAUGGUUCACUCCUAUCUCCUCCUCCUAGUGUUCCUCUCUUUCAUCUCCAGCUCGCCAUCCAUGGCGCAGAUCAACUCCAGCGACUAUGAGACACUCCUAACUGUCAAGAAAGCCUGGGGCAGCCCUUCUGCUCUCAGCUCAUGGACUUCCCAGAACUCUUCCUACUGCAGCUGGGCAGGGGUAAGCUGCAACAAUGGCCGAGUGACCAAGCUCUCCUUUCCAAAUUUCAACAUAACCAAUCCGAUCCCAGCUUCCAUUUGUAGCCUCAAGAACCUGUCCUACCUAGACCUUUCCUACAACAACCUCACCGACCACUUCCCGAUAGUGAUCUAUGGCUGCUCGGCUCUGAGCUACCUCGAUCUGUCCAACAAUCUCUUCUCCGGUGCCCUCCCGGCCGACAUCGAUAAAUUGUCGUCGGAGAUGGAGCACCUCAACUUGUCGUCCAAUGGCUUCACAGGAAGCGUGCCAUCAGCAAUUGCUGUCUUCCCCAAGCUCAAGUCCCUUGUUCUUGACACUAAUAGCUUCAACGGGACAUACCCGGCCUCGGCCAUUGCAAAGCUCAACGAGCUCGAGACGCUAACUCUAGCAGAUAAUCCUUUCGCGCCAGGCCUGAUCCCUGACGAGUUCAGCAAGCUUACCAAUCUGAAGAUGCUGUGGCUGUCAGGGAUGAACCUUACCGGUGGCAUCCCCGACAAACUCUCGUCGCUCACUGAGCUGACCACGUUGGCUCUGUAUAGCAACAAGCUUCACGGUGAAAUCCCGGCGUGGGUUUGGAAGCUUCCGAAGCUUGAGCGCCUGUACCUUUACGCGAACAGCUUCACCGGUGGGAUUGGGCCCGAGGUCACGUUCUUCAACUUGCAGGAGCUCGACCUGUCGGCGAACUUGUUCACCGGAACGAUACCGGAGGCGAUCGGCAAGAUGAAGAACUUGACAACGCUAAAUUUAUACUACAACAAGCUCACCGGGUCGAUUCCUCCGAGCAUCGGGCUGCUCCCCAACCUCCUUGACAUCCGGCUAUUCAAUAACAAGCUCUCCGGACUCCUCCCGCCGGAGCUCGGGAAGCACUCGCCACUCGGCAACCUGGAAGUGAGCAACAACUUGCUCUCCGGCAAGCUCCCAGACACCCUCUGCUACAACAAGAAUCUGUACGACCUCGUGGUGUUCAACAACAACUUCUCCGGCGUGUUGCCGGCGAACAUUGGGGAUUGCCAAACACUGGACAACAUCAUGGCGUACAGCAACAACUUCACCGGGGAGUUCCCAGAGAAGGUAUGGUGGGCGUUCCCUAAGCUGACCACUGUCAUGAUACAGAACAACGGCUUCACCGGCACUCUGCCCAGUGUGAUAUCCCCCAACAUCACACGGAUUGAGAUGGGGAACAAUCUGUUCUCCGGUGCCGUGCCGUCAUCCGCACCGGGGCUGAAUGUCUUCAAGGCGGAGAACAACCAAUUCUUCGGCGCGCUACCGGCGAACAUGUCGGGGUUCGCCAACCUCACCGAUCUGAACCUCGCCGGCAACCGGAUAUCUGGCUCGAUUCCACCUUCCAUCCAAUCGUUGAAAAGUCUGAAUUACCUGAACCUUAGCAGCAAUCAGAUAUCCGGCGACAUCCCGGCGGCGAUUGGGUCGCUGGCGGUGCUCAACAUGCUUGAUCUCUCCAACAACAAGCUCUCCGGCGACAUACCACAGGAGUUCAACAACCUCCGUCUCACUUUCCUCAACCUCUCUUCCAACCAACUCACCGGCGAGAUCCCCCAGUCGCUGCAGAGCACUGCAUUCGACAAGGCGUUCCUGGGGAAUCGUGGCCUCUGCGCCACGGCGAGCCUGAACAUGGACAUUCCGGCGUGCCCUUACCACGACCGCAACCAGAUGACAACCGGCCUGAUCAUCUUGUUCUCGGUGGUCGCCGGCGUCCUGCUCAUCGGCGCCGUCGGGUGCUUCGUCAUCCGGCGGAAGACGCGCGAGAGGGACCUGAUGACGUGGAAGGUGACGCCGUUCCGCAAGGUCGACUUCACCGAGAGCGACAUCCUCACCAAGCUCGGCGAGGAGAACGUCAUCGGCAGCGGCGGCUCCGGCAAGGUGUACCGCGUCCCGCUCCGCGGCGGCGCCGUGGUGGCGGUGAAGAAGCUCUGGAGCAGGGGCAAGACCGAGGAGAAGGCUGGCAAGGAGUUCGACUCGGAGGUGAGGAUCCUCGGCGACAUCCGCCACACCAACAUCGUGAGCCUCCUCUGCUACAUCUCGAGCGACGACACCAAGCUGCUGGUGUACGAGUACAUGGAGAACGGCAGCCUCGACCGGUGGCUGCGCCCUGCCGGCGGCGGCGGCGGCGUUGCCAUGGCCCCGGCGCCGCUGGACUGGCCGACGCGGCUGGGAAUCGCGAUCGACGCGGCGAGGGGGCUCAGCUACAUGCACCACGAGUCCGCGCAGCCCAUCAUGCACCGCGACGUCAAGUCCAGCAACAUCCUCCUCGACCCGGGCUUCCGCGCCAAGAUCGCCGACUUCGGGCUCGCCCGGAUCCUCGUCAAGUCCGGCGAGCCCGAGUCCGUGUCCAUCGCGGGCGGCACCUUCGGCUACAUGGCCCCAGAGUGUGGACGUGGCGCGAAGGUGAACGAGAAAGUGGACGUGUACAGCUUCGGCGUGGUGCUACUGGAGCUCGUCACUGGCCUGGCGGCGAACGACGGCGCCGCCGAGUGGUGCCUGGUGGAAUGGGCGUGGCGGCGCUACAAGGCGGGGGGACCCCUGCACGACGCCGUGGACGGGGGCAUCCGGGACAGGGCCGUGCACGUGAGGGACGCCGUGGCCGUGUUCUUGCUCGGGGUGAUGUGCACCGGGGAGGACGCGGCGUCCCGGCCGACCAUGAAGCAGGUGCUGCAGCAGCUCAUCCAGUACGACCGCACGGCCAGCGUCGCCGGCGCGUGCCGGGACGCCCGCGACGAUGACGACGACAACGCUGCGCGGGCGCAAUUAGGCAAGGGGAAGAAGGGCGACCGAGGUGUGAAGGGAGCGUUGGAUAGUGGAGGAGAGUUUUGGGAUGGUGAUGUGGAGAUGAGCAGCGGCUUCGUAGCACAUCCCGUUUAAGGCGUCUUUUUUUAAAAAAAACUAAGAAAGGAAAACUAAGCAAGAUGGUCCGUGUAAAUAGUGCGGUUAGACCUUGGCCAAUCAUUACUUAUGGUAAGAAAUGUAAAUAUUGUUUUAUUACAAAUCCACAGCUUUGUCCACACACACACGAAAUGGGUGAAGGACAAGUAUCAGCAGUCAGGGAAACGAAGGACGGUGAAAAGGAAAGUAUGCAAGAUAAAAUACAAACUUAUUAUUACUGUGGCAAGGUAUGCAAAUAAAA